AUGCUCCCAUUUUUGCUCUCCCGCGCUGUGGCUUCCAUCCAGCGGCGAGGAGGCGCCUCCAUGGUGGUCCGGGAAACCGCCGCCCGCCAGCUGGAGGAGCGCCGGGCCGACUUGGGGUACUCGAAGCCCGUCUUCGCCCUCGACAUCAUGUGGAACCUGGCCUUCAUGCUCGUGUCCGUGGUUAUGCUGAUUUGCUCGGACAGGGAAAAGACCAGUGUGCCGAUUAGGGUUUGGGUGUGCGGGUAUGCUCUCCAGUGCCUAGUGCACGUAGUCCUAGUUUUGGUGGAGUACAAUAGGAGGAAUUCCGGGCAAGAAAGGAACCGAGUCGGCAGCGGGAGUAGAGAGGAUGACAUUCAGACAGAGGAGGAUGACAGAAGCGGGCUCUUUGGCAUCUCUAACGUCUCGAGGUGGCAGAUUUUUUAUUUUUUAUUUUUGUUUUCCUAUAAUGUGGUGCCGAUGAUAGUUUUGAAGUUUGAGGAUGUGUGCCUUGGCUUGUCACUUUAG